AUGAGUGGAUUCAACCAUUGUAUUCUGGAAGAAGCUGGCUUGCUUAUGGUCAGAAGUAAGGUUAUAUAAUAGUACUAAAGGAUAAAAAGCUAGUUUUUUAACUAUGUAAACAUACUGUAGUAAAAGACGGUUUAGAAUAUAUUUAAAUUUCUAUUUCAGAUAAAGCUAACGAACACUUUGGCUACAAUAACAUCGAGGUAUACGACUUACAAACUCCAGAAAAGCUUUAUGAACGUUCGCUAGAUAACAGAGAUGAUAUGUGGAAGGGAUCUUCAAACUUCUCCAUAGUAAAUAUAAACACUGGCGAAGUAAGUAUUAGAUUAGAAGAUUUUACUAUCAUUAUAUGAAGGCUAUAUACUAUCAUAUUAUAUUUUUGAGGUUUCUAAGAUUAAAUAACAAGUUAAAGGUUCAUUGUAUAUACAUACGUCAAACUGCACUUUUUGAAAAUCGUACUAACCAUAAUUGUCAUAUUCAGCACAUCAUUUACAAUCCUAUUGAGAAAAAAAGUCUACUCGAGGUUUGUCUAUUGUCGGUGUCCGGACACACAUGA